CAAUUUUUCUGUCCAAUAUCACCAAUGUAAAAUACUUUUAUUGUGCAUCAAUAGUACGAGUAGUUUGUGUAUAAAGUAUUUUAUAUAGAUUUACCUAAUUAUCUAUGGGCGCCAUAGGUGACGGAAAAGUGUAUUAAUUUUUGGCGCUAAAACAUCCCGCGCCUUUUUGUGAGGUUAUCCCAGAAUUUGGGAGUACAAGUAAUGAGAUCGCGACUUUUGAUAUCGCUUUUUAAUACUACUACGUUACUACAUUCUGUCUGGUAAAAUGGAGGAGGAAAACUUGAAAAUACCAUCGUGGCAAUGGAUUUGGACUGAAAUGUGUCCCCUAGAAAAACGAGGAACCAACACAUUGGACGAGUGUCAGCAAAUUUGUCUUCAAAUCAUAAUUUUUAUCUUUAUUGCAAUAGCUUCAGCUUAUCAUUUUGGACGUCAAAUCUACAGAGUUAUCCGUACAAACACACAAAUAUGGACAAUCCGUGCAAGAAUUAUUAUUGUGGGAGCCCUGGGAAUUCUUCCAGCAGCAAGGAUGUAUUUCUAUUUCUACAACCAUCUAACCAUUUGGCCAAUUGAUAUCCUUGUGGCGUGCUUUGAAUGCAUUACAUGGUUUGUCCAUUUGGGCUUCUUACUCUCUCUUCGGAAGCGUGGGAGUGAAAAUUCUCGAGGACCCCUCAUCAUUACCGUACUAUGGGCAUUUGCUUUCGUCCUCAGCAUAACAUGGCUACAGGAGGGUCUUAACAAGUCAUUUUGGGGCUGGCGUCUACUCGCUAUGAUUUUCCAAUUACUCUACGGACUAACACUAAUACCAAGUGGUCAGGGCAGAAUAGUUACGCGUCUCAAUCAGGAUGAAGAAGAACGUCAAGCACUUCUCAGCACGAGAUAUGUACGUUUUCAGCAAAACCUCGAAGAAUCCUCCCUUGGUCCAGCUCAAGAUGGUGUAACGUGCAUUUCGCGCAUCCUCUUCUACUGGGUGAAUGAUCUCAUUGACAAAGGAGUACAGGGUGCUUUGAGAAAAGUUGAAGAUCUCUUUGAUCUCCCCGAGUGCCUGUCGAUUGUGACGAUAACGGAAAAAUUUCAAAAGAGCAUCGAUCAAACCAAGACACUUUUCUGGGCCCUUCAUAAAUCCUUUGGUCGCGAAUUCUAUACAAUUGGACUUUUGCGAUUUCUCGGGGAUAUAUCUGGUUUUGCUGGACCACUCCUACUGGGUGGCCUAAUUGGAAAAGAAAAUUCAGAUUCAUCGGAAACUUCGCCAUUCCUCUACGCAUUUGGUCUUUUUGGAAGUGCCAUUAUCGCUGCUCUUAGUGGCGUUCAUUUCAACUGGAGAAUAUCAUUAAUUACAAUGAGGAUGCGUGUUGCAAUAGUCACGGCAAUUUAUCGAAAAUCUCUCGAGGCACAUGGCUUAAAAAAUGCACGACCUGACAUCUUAAAUCUCAUGUCAACGGACACGGAUCGUAUUGUAAAUUCCUGCAUUAGUUUCCAUUCAUUUUGGAGCAUACCCUUUCAACUUUUUACAACACUCUACUUACUCUAUACACAAGUUGGUGUAGCAUUUGUAGCUGGGGUAAUUUUUGCCGUAUCAUUGAUUCCCAUCAAUCGCUGGUUAGCAGUUAAAAUAGCCAAACUAAGCAGAGGACUCAUGGCGGCAAAAGAUUCUCGAGUAUCGCUAUGUUCAGAAGCUCUCGCAGGUGCAAAGCAGAUCAAACUAUACGCUUGGGAGGAUAUUUUUGUGAAGCGAAUUGAAGAAUUACGCAAAUCAGAAUUAGGAUACCUGGCAAAACGCAAAUAUUUGGAUGCUGUUUGCGUUUACUUCUGGGCGACAACGCCAAUUCUUAUGUGCUUGCUAACAUUCGGAAUGUCCGUUCUGACUGGGAACAUCCUAAGUCCAGCAACAACGUACACGAGUGUGGCACUGUUGAAUAUGUUAAUUAGCCCUCUUAAUGCAUUUCCAUGGGUACUCAAUGGCCUUACGGAAGCAUGGGUAUCACUGAAACGUGUGCAAGAACUUAUGUCUCUACCCAAUAUUGACUUUACACAAUUCUACUCACCAGUUGAGAAUACAACUAAUCAGAGCAAGAAACGUCCUGUAGUGCUGGACAUUGAAGAUGCAACAUUCUUUUUUGAAUACAAUCGUCGACGCGAUGGCAAUGAGAUAAUCCUAAAUGAUAUUGUAGACUUUCAACUUGAAGAUGUGGCCUUAACGGUGAGAAAAGGUGAAUUGGUGUGCCUAGAAGGGCCCGUUGGUGGUGGAAAGAGUUCCCUUCUCGGAGCAAUAAUUGCAGAUAUGAAUCUCAUUCGUGGUACAGUGAGUAUUCAAGAUGUAAAUUCAGGAUUUGGAUAUGUGGCUCAAUCUCCAUGGCUUCAGAGGGGUACCAUUAGGGAGAAUAUCCUGUGGGGCUCUGUGUUCGAUGAGCAACGCUACAAGAAUGUGAUUAGUGCAUGUGCCCUAAGUGAAGAUCUCACACAAUUAGGUGGUGAUCUCGUGGGAGUUGGUGAAGGUGGUCGCACUCUAUCUGGUGGCCAGAGAGCUCGUGUAGCCCUUGCUAGAGCUGUGUACCAGAAUAAAGCCAUUUAUCUCAUCGAUGACGUCCUUUCAGCACUAGAUGCUCAUGUGGCUGCACACAUCGUCAAACAUUGCCUCCUUGGACUUUUGGCAUCAAAGACACGAAUAGUUGUUACGGAAAAUCGUGUCCUCCUCCAUCAUGCCAAUCAGAUAUUUAAUGUCAACGGCGGUAAAGUAAUACAAAGUGAACUAAUGAGUGAAUAUGAAUUAAGCGAUGGCGAUGUUGAUGUGAAUCUUCAAAAUGCAUCAGAGAAUGUCUUUACAUCUGUCCAACUGCAAUACCCCACUGAAGAUGACAAGAAGAGUGUAGACAGUAUCAUGAUGGAAGAAACUCGUGAAUAUGGUACUAUUAGAUCAAGUGUUAUCUUCUCCUACUGGAAAGCAAUGUCGGGUUCCGUUGCAUUUGCCGUCUUUAUUGCCAUUACGCUCAUGCAGGUGUCUCGAAAUGUGUCAGAUGUAUGGCUAGCUCAUUGGGUAUCCCAAUAUACGACAAACACCACGGAAAAUCCAUCCCUUGGAUACUUUCUAGGGAUUUACGCAGGACUAGCAUCGUCAAAUUCCGUCUUUACCCUUGUGAGAGCUUUUCUUUUUGCCUAUGCCGGUAUCAGAGCAGCUACACAUGUACAUCGAAAACUUUUGAAGAAGGUCUUUGCUACAAAGUUCCAAUUUUUCGAUAUAACACCCCUUGGGAGGAUUCUCAAUCGUUUUUCAUCGGAUACCUAUACCAUCGAUGACACACUUCCAUUUAUCUUCAACAUACUUCUAGCACAAAUUUUUGGACUUGUCGGUGCUAUUAUCAUUACGCUUAUAGCCUUGCCAUGGUUGAUUCUUCUUGUUGCUCCACUAUGUCCAAUCUACAUAAAUCUUCAGUCACGAUAUAGGCACGCAUCGCGGGAUAUAAAACGUCUAAGUAGCAAUGCCCUAUCACCACUGUAUGCACACUUUACGGAAACCCUUCAGGGUAUGACCACAAUUCGUGCCAUGAGAGCAUCUGGACGCUUCAGGCGGGACUUUCUCGUGAAGGUGGAAGAGAGUACACGUGCGCAAUUAACAGCGUGCGCAGCCCAGCAGUGGUUGGCAUUACGUCUUCAAUUCUUGGGUGCAGCUCUUGUUGGUGGAGCUGGUAUUCUUGCGGCUCUAACAUCGGCCCACGAAACAAAUCCAAGUUUUGUCGGGCUUGCCAUCUCAUAUGCACUAACAAUCACGAGCCUCCUUGGUGGAGUACUGAAUGCAUUAGCGGAGACAGAACAAGAAUUGAUUGCUGUGGAAAGAGUAAGUCAGUACUGUGAGCUCGAGGGAGAAGUAAACGCAAAUGGGAGUAUUGAUCCACCUUUUGGAUGGCCAUGCCAGGGUGUAGUGUGCUUUGAUAAUGCAGUCAUGAAGUAUCGAGAUCACCUACCACCAGCCCUGAAACGUGUCUCCUUUGAAACGAGCUCAUUUGAAACUGUUGGCAUUGUGGGACGUACUGGAGCUGGAAAGAGCUCCAUCAUUGCUAGUCUAAUGAGAGUGGCACCAUUAACACUUGGUAAAGUAGUAAUUGACUACGUUGAUAUUGCUACGCUACCGCUCAGUGUUUUACGGAAUCGAAUUGCUGUAGUACCACAAGAACCAUUCCUCUUUGGUGGCACCGUUCGAGAUAAUCUCGAUCCGAGGCGAGUGCACUUCGAUUCAGAAAUAUGGAGUGCUAUAUCGGCAUGCCUUGCUGCUCCUCUAGUCCAUGGUCUUGGUGGCUUGCGUGGUUUUAUUGCUCCCGGUGGAACAAAUGUUUCCGCAGGUGAACGUCAAUUGCUCAGCCUGGCUAGGGCCUUGCUGAAAAACUCCAAAGUGGUGUGUAUCGACGAGGGAACUGCCAACCUCAAUGCAGCAAGUGAAAUUGCAAUACGCUCUGUUCUUCGGACUGCCUUUAGGAGUAGUACUGUAAUUUAUAUUGCUCACCGACUUAGUGGACUUCAAAAUACCGACAGGAUAUUUGUCAUGGAUGGCGGAGAGAUUGUUGAGAGUGGCCAUCCGAGAAUUCUUCAAGCUGAUGAGAAUUCCCUAUUUCAUGCAAUGGUGCAAGAACAAGUAUUGAGUGAUUCUACUUACAAUUAUAAUUACCAAUGAUUUAUGUCUUAUAAAUAAAAUACACAUUUUACUGAAAGACUUCUAAUUAACGCAUAAACCUACGUGUACCUACGUCAACUACGUAGUUUUUUUAAGCUCUAAAAAUGCUGUAAAUUACAUGAGAAAUAAUUAUUUGAAAUAUUUUACAUAA